UUCACCAUUUUUGUUUUCCGUCUAAAACUGGUCGCAAUAAAUGCUUACAAAUCCCUGCCGUGAACGCUCUGUUCAUCUCUGCCUUUUUCUUCCCGGAAGUAUCGCCCCUUCUUACUGCUUAAUUUCACUUUCCUCUUCUGCGAUUUUGAUUGCUGGGUCUCCUUGUUGAGGGGAAGAAAUGGGCCAGCUGCUAUGUUGCCUGCAAGUGGAGCAAUCAACUGUAGCAAUCAAAGAGAGUUUUGGAAAAUUUGAUGAUGUUCUUGAGCCAGGCAUUCAUCUUGUUCCAUGGAUUCUAGGAAAAAAGGUGGCCGGCCACCUUUCCCUCCGUGUCCAGCAGCUUGAUGUUCGCUGUGAAACCAAAACUAAGGACAAUGUUUUUGUUACAGUUGUAGCAUCAGUACAGUACCGUGCACUGGCAAACAAGGCAGCUGAUGCCUUCUACAAGCUCAGCAACACAAGAGAGCAAAUUCAAUCAUAUGUUUUUGAUGUAAUCAGGGCUAGUGUUCCAAAAUUAAACUUAGAUGCUGUGUUUGAGCAGAAGAAUGAUAUUGCAAAAGCUGUGGAAGAUGAGCUUGAAAAGGCAAUGUCGACUUAUGGAUAUGAAAUAGUUCAGACACUCAUUGUGGAUAUUGAGCCUGAUGAACAUGUGAAGAGGGCUAUGAAUGAGAUAAAUGCAGCGGCGAGACUGAGGCUGGCGGCAAACGAGAAGGCGGAAGCGGAGAAAAUCCUACAGAUAAAGAGGGCGGAAGGCGAAGCUGAAUCAAAAUACCUAGCCGGGCUCGGCAUAGCUCGACAGCGUCAGGCCAUCGUCGACGGACUCAGAGACAGCGUUCUCGCAUUCUCUGCUAAUGUGCCCGGAACUUCGGCCAAGGAUGUCAUGGACAUGGUGUUGAUCACUCAGUACUUCGACACCAUGAAGGAGAUCGGUGCCUCCUCCAAGUCUUCUGCCGUCUUCAUCCCCCAUGGCCCCGGAGCUGUCAGGGAUGUCGCCGCCCAGGUCAGGGAUGGUCUUCUUCAGGGUGGUGCUUUUCAUUGAGUGGGGUUUUCAGGGUUGGUUUGUUUUCAGCAGUUGGUGUGUUUGAUUUCUUAUGUUUAUAAAGGUUUGGUAGGAAUUGUAUAGUGCUUUUGAUUUUGUUUUUGUGUGGAUUUGUAAUGUAUUUUGAUGGUGAACUUUUAAUGGAAGUUUAUUUGUGCUUUAAAUGUCAA